AUGAAAACGAAACACAAUGAACGGAACGAGGCUGUUGAGGAGGAACAGGAGAAGAACAGCAACCUGAAUCACUUGAACGAUCAACUGAAAGCACAAUGCACCACUGUCUCUCAGAAUGAAGGUAAACAGACAGGCAAGGUGCCGGGAAACCACUCCACGGAAGAGAAAUUCAUAACAUGCGAAAAACAAACUCAGAAGAAUGCAAAAAGAACUCGGCGCCAUCGAAGGAAGAAAAACAAGAAAAAGACUCAAAAUAAUGAAGAAAAAGAAACGAAUAUGAUGGAGGAGGAAGAGGCAAAGACGACCCUCCCAGAGCGGGCGCUGGAACAGGAGCGUGACGAGGAAAACAUUUGCGAGGAAGAGAAAGUGACGAUGAUGGAAGAACAAGAGAUGGAAACAGGGAAUGAACAGAUGCUGGAGGAGAAAGACGAAGAAAAUCAUGAUGUUGUCGAGGAAGUGAAAGUGUCUGACGGUCAUUCAUCAGUUAAGGAACAGACGGGCACGGAAGAGAAGUCCGUGACACACGAAGAACAAACUCACAAAGCAAAAAGAACUCGUCGCCGUCGUAGGAAGAAAAACAAAAAGUUUCAAAAUAAUGUUAAUCACUGCAAUAACCAAAGUACUUGCACGAUUAAAGAGUCCUCCCGUGCAGAGGUGCCUCCACUCCCUGAAGAGGUACCAACCACCGUCAAUGUGACAUUGCCAACUAUCACUGGAAAAGAAUCAGUCACUGGUGUGGAACGAAAGGGUGCAGAACACCACAGGGAUGAAGAAGAGAGCGUGACGUUAGUGGAGGACGAGGAGGCAGUGCCAGUAGUGCCGGAACUGAUGCUGGAACAACAGCAAGAGGAGGCGUGGGCAGUGGAAGAGCAUGAAGUGCUAUCCACAGAGCCAAAGGAGGCAGGGAAUCAGACGACUCUGACGGCUGACCACAGCGAUGAGGAAGAGGAAAGUAAUAUAAUGGAAGAGAAAGAGGCCAGGACGAUCCUCCUACAUUGGACGCGGGAACAGAAAAGUGAGGAGGAACAGCACACUGGCGAGGAAGAGAAAGUGACGAUGAUGGAAAAAGAGGAGGGCAUGGAAAUAGAGGAUGAACAGCAGCUAGGGCAGAAAGACGUAGAAAACCAAGACAUUGAUGAGGAAGGGAAAGUGACAAUAGUGGAAGCGUCUAACGCGGCGUGUACAAUUCUGGAGCAGUCGCGGGAAAACGAAAGUCUGGAGGCUCAACACAAUUUGCAGGAACAAACUGUAGAAGCAAAGAACAACAACAACGACUCUUGUUUCCCUGCUGGCGACACUCUCAAGGGGGAACCUGCUGCUGAGGAGCAACAUAAAUCAGCGGUUACUGAGGUGGAAGAACACAUCGAGGAAGACGUGAACAGGUCCCAAGUCGCCGCCAUAUAUCACCACCUGAUACACCAGCCACACCACCACGCUGCACCAAUCACACAGCCUGCAAUGACCUACCCGCCUCCGCCAUGGCAGUAUCCGCCGCCGUCUUACAACGGCUCCCUGCAGGCUCUUCGCCAAGAAGUCCUGGACUUCCAUCGCUGGGCGGGAGGAACCGAGGCGGAGUCCCGGCGCAGGAUGCGCUCGGUGGAAGACGUGAGGAGCGCGGUUGGUGCGCUGUGGCCCGCAGCACAAGUCCAGGUCACGGGCAGCCUGGCUAACGGCCUGUACUUGCCAGACAGCGACGUCGACCUCACGCUGGUGGGACAGUGGUCACCCUCGCCGCCGCCUCUGUUGGUCCUGAGGGAAGCCCUCCUGCAGCAGGGCGUGGCACUGCCUGCCUCACUCAAGGUUCUUGAGAAGGCCACUGUCCCUCUGUUUAAAUUUGUCCAUCAGCAGACCGGAGUGGAGGUGGACGUGUCUCUCGGCGGCGAGGCGGCAGUGUGCGCGCCGCGGUGCUGGUGGCAGACUUCAAAAAGCAGUUUAACACAUUGA